AUGGGUGUUCCAAAGUUCUUCAGGUGGCUCGGAGAGCGCUAUCCUUCAAUCUCGCAGCUGAUCGCGGAAUCAAAUGUGCCUGAGUUUGAUUGUUUAUACCUGGAUAUGAACGGCAUCAUACACAACUGUACCCACAAGGAUGGCGACUCGGCCACUACACGAGUAACUGAAGAGCAGAUGUUCAUCGCCAUCUUCAAUUACAUCGAGCACCUCUUUGGCAAGAUCAAGCCUAAGAAGCUUUUCUUUAUGGCCAUCGAUGGUGUAGCGCCUCGGGCAAAGAUGAAUCAGCAGCGCGCCCGCCGCUUCCGCACAGCCCUUGACGCGGAAAAGAUGCGUGAAAAGGCUAUCAAAGAAGGCGUCGAAAUGCCUAAAGAAGACCCCUUCGAUAGCAACUGUAUCACACCUGGUACGGAGUUCAUGGCCAAACUGACUCUCCAGUUGAAGUAUUUCGUCAGCAAGAAGGUCUCGGAAGACAUCGAUUGGCAAGGCGUUGAAAUUGUCCUAUCUGGCCACGAAGUCCCUGGUGAGGGCGAGCACAAGAUCAUGGAGUACAUUCGCCAGGCAAAGGCCCAACCUGAGUACAACCCUAAUAUUCGGCAUUGUUUGUAUGGAUUAGACGCCGAUCUGAUCAUGCUGGGUCUUUUGAGCCAUGAUCCACAUUUCUGUUUGCUGCGCGAAGAAGUCACCUUCGGACGAUCAAACUCGAAGAAAAGCAAGGAGUUGGAACAUCAAAAUUUCUAUCUCAUGCACCUUUGCAUUGUUCGCGAAUACUUGGAGCUGGAAUUUCAAGAGCUUCGCGAGACUGGAGCGCUGGAUUUUGAAUUCGACAUGGAGCGCGUUAUUGACGAUUUCAUCUUGAUGGCUUUCUUUGUUGGCAACGAUUUCUUGCCGAAUCUUCCCAAUCUUCACAUCAACGAGGGAGCAUUGGCGCUCAUGUUUCAAAAGUACAAGGAGAUUCUUCCUCGGAUUGGCGGAUAUAUCAACGAGCAAGGCGUUAUCAAUCUGGACAGGCUUUCUGUUCUCUUAGAUGAGCUCUCCGAGGUGGAGCACCGGUUUUUCCAAGCCGAGUAUCAGGAUGCCAGCUGGAUUGCUGCCAAGAAGCAGCAACCCAGCAACGAUGACUCAGCCCUGAAGCCCGGCAAGGUUCCAGCAAGGAUCACGAUCGAUCAGAAGAAGUUGCUCGAGCAGAUCAGGACUUAUUUCAUAGCGCCUGCCAACAAGAGCUCAUGCGAGCCUCUCAAUCUACCUAGCACUCUUCCAGCAAGAGACCGAAAAUUCGUACAACAGUUAGCCGUCAACUUGAAUCUCGAGUGGAGUACUGAGGAAGAUGCCGAUGGGAACCGCUUCAUACAGCUGCGAUUUCCACUCGCCGACCAGGAUGACGAUGACUCCGUUGACGACGAGGAGGCUCAGGCUGCGGCCACGCGCAUUCUCAAGCGCUACAAAAACGCCAAAGUGGAGGAGAAUUCCAGCGAAGAGGCCCAGCAGCAGAUGCAGAAGAAAUACGACGACAAAUUUCGUCAGUGGAAGGAUAAAUACUAUACUGACAAGUUCGAGUGGGGCUUGGAUAACGAUGAGGAGAUGAGGAAGCUCACGGAGAACUAUGUUCAAGGCCUUCAGUGGGUGUUGUACUACUACUACCGUGGCGUUGCCUCAUGGCCGUGGUUUUAUCAAUAUCAUUAUUCGCCAAUGAUUUCCGAUGUCAAGAAAGGCUUGGGCGCGGACCUAAACUUUACCCUCGGUCAGCCUUUCCGACCAUUCCAGCAGUUGAUGGGAGUGCUUCCGGACCGCAGCAAGAAGAUUGUCCCAGCUGUUUACCACGAGUUGAUGACUCUACCAAGUUCACCCAUCAUUGACUUCUAUCCACGUGAUUUCGAUCUGGACAUGAAUGGCAAGAAGCAGGAUUGGGAAGCGGUGGUCAAGAUUCCCUUCAUUGACGAAAAGCGCCUCCUGGGCGCAAUGGCGACCAAGGAUCCACUUCUCACCGAUGACGAGAAUCGGCGCAACGAUUUCGGUGUCACCCUCAAGUUCACCUACGAUCCGGAACUGGACUACACAUACCCAUCGUCAUUCAUGGGCGUGUUCCCGGAUUUGCCUCACUGCCACUGCUUACAGAACACUUUCGAGCUCCCGACCAUGGAUGGUCUUGAGCCGUAUGUAGGCCUCGUCGAGGGCGCCAAGAUUGGCAUCAAUGCGCUUGCCGGCUUUCCUAGCCUCAAGACCCUGCCGUUCACGGGCAGCCUUGGUUUUCAUGGCGUCAACGUGUUUCAGCAAGACAGCCGAAAUGAAAGCAUGAUUGUCACCCUUUCUGACACGGAACGGCGUACGAAAGUUGAGUACGCCAAAACUCUUCUCGAUCGACGCGUGUACGUUGGCUACCCUUUCUUGCAAGAAGCCAAAGUUGCCAAGGUGUCAGACGAGUUGUUCGACUACGUCCACGAUCCUGCAACCAAAAGCCUCAAGGCUAUUGAGCACGAUGGGAGAGGAAUUGAUGACUUCAGAAAGAAGGCCGACCGCAUCGAAAAGUUUUACAGCAAGCGACUUGGCAUGCUGGCAGGUGAUGUGGAGUCAGUCGUGCACAUCGAGAUGCUCAAAGGUCUGAGAAAGAUGGAGGACGGAUCCACCGUCAAAGAGUAUGCAGAGAUGCCCGGCCUUGAGACCGUUCAUGCGUCGCAGCUGAUCGUUGAGAAUGUCGUCAGCGAAGACGCGCGUUUCAUCGAGCAGGCCGCACUUCCCAUUGAAGAGGACUUCCCAAUCAACACCAACGCAUUCUUCUUGGGCGACUAUGCCUAUGGCCGGCCAGUCUGCGUUGUCGGACAUCAAGGCGGAAAGACCAAGUGCUUGGUAGCAACUUCGCCUGGUCGGCAACUGGAGUUCGGCAGGGAUAUUGCACGCCAAGCUGAGAAAUUGUCACCAUACUUUCCCUCUUACAUGGUUGCCAGACAGCUGUCACUCAACGCACUGGCUUUGGCGAAGAUCACAUCCUCGUACCAGGUCAAAGUUGAUGAUACGCGGGUGAACCUGGGACUGAAUUUAAAAUUCGAGGCCAAGAAGCUUAAAGUCCUGGGAUAUUCUCGGAAGAGUGCUGGCGGAUGGGAGUUUAGUACUGCCGCCAUCAACCUGCUGACCUCGUACAUGACCAACUUCCCUGACUUCAUCGCUGCGAUACAUCACAACCCACAGGGUGACAUGUUGUCGCCGACGGACCUCUUUCCCGGAGACGAAGCUGCGGCGAAGGCGCGCGUCAAACAAAUCCAGGCCUGGUUGAAAGAGAUUGAAUCGAAGAAUUUCGACCGCGUCCCAUUGGAAGCCGAACAGCUUGACUCGGACAUCGUCAAAAUGAUUGAGAAGAAGGCUGACGAAGUUGUUGCCAGCGAGGCUCCACCGGUGAACAAGGCCAUGAACGGCAUUCCCCGUCAAGCUCUGCUCAAGCCAUCUGAUGCCCAGUGGCGUCUUGGUGGGCAGCAAUUUGUUCUCGGAGACCGCAUCAUCUACGUGGCGGACUCUGGAAGAGUCCCGAUUGCAUCAAAAGGAACGGUCGUUGGUCUGACACAGACCACACGCGAAACAUUCCUCGAUGUGGUGUUUGAUGUGACGUUCAUGAGCGGCACGUCCCUGGGAGACCGUUGCUCGCCGUUCCGUGGCUCCACCGUGCCUACUUGGACGGUGCUCAACCUCAGCAACAGACAAGUGUUGUCUAUGUCGAAAGCCGGAUCGGAUCGUCAAGCCAAUGGAACUACGCAAACACCGUUGACGGUUGGCGGCUAUGGUAUGCCUGGUAAUCAGCUGCGAGAGGCUGCAGCCCCCGCACCACUGCGGGGUGGCUGGCGAGGAGCUGUCGCAGGUUCUCCCAGUCGCGGUUCGUCCAAUGGCCGUGGUCAAACGAAUGGUUCCCUACCUUAUCGCAACCAAGGCAGCCCAGCAGGACAAGGAGGAGUCAAUGGUUUUGCCCCACGUGGUCGCGCUGGAUUAGGUUCGCCGGCUCAGUCUACUCGGGGUGGCUACGCUCCCAUUGACCGUGGGGAUCAGAACAAUGGUGUGGCUCAUUUUAAUCCAAACUUUCGCCCGCAGCAGCACAACAAUGUGCCGCCGCCCCCGAGCCUUAAUGCUCCCACGGGCGGGCGUGGUCGGGGCCGUGGCCGAGGUGGACCGCCAAGAGGCGGAAGGGGUGGAACGCGAGGAACUUGA